AGAAUAAUAAUAGUACAUCACAGUGCUAGUCUGAAGUUCCUAUGUAUAAACAGACAUCAGCAGUGUUUGGUGCUGCCAUGCUCAUCAUUCCUGAAUGCAAAUUUGCUGCAAUGCCUGGAAGAAGAAAUGAUUCUGCAUUGAUUCCUCGGACAGUAAGAUUACUGUUCGGCACAUGUAACUGUGAAAGGGGAGGGAGGAAUAGAGACAGAAAGAGACUAAGGGGAUUAGGAGGCUUCUCUCCAAACAGUAACCAUGCCAGUCAGAGCAUUUUCCGAUGGAAGUCUUGUUGAAUCCUUUGAACUAUUGGUGAAUUUUCCAACAAGACUCGGACUGGAUCACAGAGCUAGUCAAGUCGUGAAUCAUGGGAUAAUUUAGUUGGAAAUAAAACAAGGGUAUGUAUAUGACAACCAAAAACCAAAGCUGGACUUGCUCAUGAAGAGCACAGGAUGUGGAUGAUCUGGAGAAGAUGACUCUGGUUUGACUUCUGUUUCCACAGGUUUUCUUCAUGUAAUACAGGUAAUCGGGUCAAGAACUGGAUUUGAGGAUUAAUAUUCAUUAUGUGACGGUUUCAUUCUGGAUGCUGGAAGAUUUUUGCUAUUGUGCUGCACCUGUCGGAUUGUUAAAUGGUGCUAAUAACUGAGAAUGGUGUUGCAGGAGGUGUUGUUCUGGUCAAGGUUCACAAACAUGACACUGAGGACAACCGAGCAAGAGGCUGGACCAAUGAGGAGUCCUCCAUUCAGAGCUCCACUGUUGUAGAGCCAAACGAGGACUCUUACUAUGCAGAUGAUGAUGAAGACCACCAUUUUUAUGAUGAUGAUGAUGACGAUGAUGAUGUCUACCAGGAGUUUGAGGAGUUGGACUUCUCAAAACUUCCAGAUAGCAGAAGCAUGGCAUCAGAUGACUCCUUCUACCCACCUGAUGAUUCGCUCAGCUUCGAGAAAUGCCCGAGUCCUGAGAGCCCAGAGCCAGUCAGCUUUUUCAAGGCAUGCUGCAGCAACAACGUCAUCAUCGUCAAGAUCAUGAUAAGACAAGGUGUGACUGAGGCAGAGGUGCGAGAAGUGGACAAAAAUAACAGAACAGGUCUGAUAGUGGCGUGUUACCAGGGCUACGUGGAUGUGGUCAUUGCACUGUCCCAGUGCCCACAUGUGGACGUGAAUUGGCAGGAUAAUGAAGGGAAUACAGCUCUCAUUAAUGCUGCACAAGCAGGCCACAGUAUGAUUACACACUACUUGCUAAACUAUUUUCCUGGGAUUGACACUGAGCGUAGGAACUGCCAUGGCUUCACGGCGUUGAUGAAAGCAGCCAUGCAGGGUCGAGCUGAAUGUGUGCGGUCUCUCAUGAUGACAGGAGGAGACAUUGAAGCAAGAGACUUUGGCCGUAAACUGACACCACAGGAAUGGGCCUUGUUUACAGGCCGCUACGAGACUGCCAAACUGAUUUCCAGACUGAUGGAUAAACCGUGUGCCGAACAGUUCUGUGACUCUUAUCACAUGGGGUGGCCUAUGCUGAGCGAAAUGGUGGCCAGAUCGAAGGAGCCUAAGUCCUGCUGGAGGAAGUUCUCAGAGUGUAUCUGUAACAUGUUUAACAUCAGCAUGAAGACCAAUCCUGUAGACGAAGGGGUCAUGGACUACACUGUGCGAAUGACCACAGCGUUGGCCAGUCCUCUUAUAGCCACCGCCUGCCACACUGUGUGCCCGGGCAGCCCCCCGUGUGUAGGAAAACGGCGUCCUGCCGUGCAGGAUAUCCUUCGCAGACAACGGCUGGCUGAACUGAAGAACCUCGGACCCGAUCGCCUCAACAACUACAAGAGGCUCUUCCAGAACUCCAGGGUUCUCCUGGUGCCCAAAAAGCAGGAACGCCGUGCCAGCCUGCAGCCGCAGUUACUGCACAGUGUCGCUAUGGCUUCUACUGUGGCCUUGAGGAGAAACAGCCUGCUGCCCCUUCACAUGAUGCGCAGGAGCAGCGUACGUCCUGGGAUGGUGGUGCCUAAAGUUAUGCUGUGCAAAGCUCCUCCUCCCAUACACAUGCCAGAGCGGCCGCCACGCAGGAGUUCAAACGAUUCAGCACAACUACAGAUCCCUAAGUGGAAGUACAAAGCUCUAAAGGAGGAGAAGAAGAAAGCUGAACAGAUGGAAAGGUUGAGAUUGCCUAUUGGGAGGAAAAAGUAAAGUGGCUUUUGAUGCCUUAGUGUUUUACAGAGGUUUUCCACUGUUGGUUUCAGGUCUGUGAGAAUUACUCACUUUUUAGAAGAGGACUUUUACUCCUCAAUUCUAUUACAUAGUCUGGCUGAUAUUUUUUAACUGGUGAUGAUUACUAAUUUUUAAUCAUCUAACCUGCACUAAAUUGCCAAAUGUUUUGGGAGAUUUGUUUUUACAUGCACAGGAACUUUAAUGACAUCUCAAUCUUACUUGGUAGAGUUCAAUUUGGAGUUGGCCCACCCUUUGCAGCGGUAAGAGCUUCAACUCUUCUGAGAAGGUUUUUCAUAAGGUUUAGGAGUGAGAAUUUCUGACCAACUAUUUACAAGUGCAUUUGAGAGGUCAGACACUAGCUACCUUACAUCCAUCUAUUUUCGUGCAUUUUUGAUAUGCGCAAAAAAAUCGGUUGAUGGAAAUGCCAAGAUGCACAUAAGUUUCAAAAAUGUGCAUAAAAAGCAAUUGGGCAUAACUAAGUAGGAUCAACUUUUUAUUCUAUACGAAAACAUGUGCAUAAACUUUUAUAGAAACACUAUACUAAACAAAUUCCAUUAUGCGCAUUAAAAAAGGUCAUGUGAUUGUUGUUUUAAGAGAUCAUGUGGUGAUAAAUAUGCGUGAAUGGACAAACCAGCAGGCUGAGCAUGUUGUUUUGGUCAUUCUAAAACCCUUAACCAUUUCAGUAUUAGUGUUAUUAUAUUGUUAAUUACCUCUAGAACUGUCAAGAGCUUCUGUGCUCCAUGUCUCAUGCCUUCAAACGCCACCACACAUUCACUGCAUGUCGGCACUUCAUCUGAGCACAAGUCAUUUAUUAAAUGAAGAAAAGAUUGACAUGGCUUCUCCUACCAAAGUUAAUUCCAUUUUUACUGUUUAUAUUUGCCGCCAGUUAAUCAGUAAGUGAUGAUUUUGACUACUUGGAUGAAAACGCUGCUCAUAUGCAAUAUUCCAGUUUUGCGCAUACAUUUAAUUCACAUCUUUGGAUGGAAACAUAGCUACUGAUAAGAAGGCCUGGCUCAGAGUCUCCACUCUAAUUCAUCCUGAAGGUUGAAGAUUCUGUCGGGUUGAGGUCAGGACCAAACUCACUCAUCCAUCUUUUUACAGACAUUAAUUUGUGGACUGUUGCAGUCAUGUUGGAGCAGGAAGUAGCCAUCUCCAAACUGUUCCAUCAAAGAUGGCAGCAUAAAAUUGUGCAAAAUGUUGGUAUGCCGAAGCUUUAAUUAUUCCUUUUACAGGAACUAAUGGGUCAAACCCAACCCCUGAAAGAAAGCCCCACACCAUAAUCUUCUCUCCAACAAACUUUACACUUGGCAGAAUGCAGUCAGGCAAGUACCGUUUUCUUGGCAACCACCAAACCCAGACUCAUCUAUCUGAUUGCCAGAAAGAGACGUGUGAUUUGUCACUCCAAAAAAAAGUCUUCACUGCUCUAGAGUCCAAUGGUGGAGUGCUUUACACUAUCCAAGUCUUUGCAGUGCACUUAGUGAUGUAAGGCUUGGAUGCAGCUGCUUGGCUAUGAGAAGCUAUUCCCUUCCAAGCUCUUUUUGAGCUAAUCUGAAGGCCACACACAUUUUGGAUGUCUGAAGCUAUUGACUAUGCAGAAAUCUGGCCACUACUGUGCACUGUGACCUCUUUCUGUGAUUUUAAUGUGGCCUAAGUUGCUGUUAUUCCCAGUUGCUUCCAAAUUGUUAUAUAACCACUAACAGUUGGCUGUAGAAUAUUUAGUAGUGAGGAAAUUCCAUAAAUGUACUUACAGUAUUUCAGAGGUUGCAACCUCAUGCUGCCACACUUGAAUUCAUUGAGCUCCUGAGAGUGACCCAUUCUUUCACAUAUGUUUAAAGAAGCAGUCUGGAUAGACAUUAUAUAUACACUUGUGGCCAUGUAAGUGAUUGGAACACCUGAAUUCAUUGAUUCAGAGGGGUGUCCCAAAAUGUUUGGCAUUAUGCAUAGUGUAUUUAAAGUUUUUUUUUUUUGCUCUUUUUAUAAUAAUUUUCUUGAGCCAAGUCAUUACUUGAAAUAUGUUGCACAGUAAUCUUUUUUCUUUUUUAUAUUGCACUAAAAGACUGAACUUGUAAAAGGGAGUGUUAUAUAAAGACUCGAUAAACAAUAAAUAAACUUAUUUAUCAAGCAUGUUCAUAGAACUUGUCAUGUGUUAGGUGGAACUUCACUAGUAAAUACUUCAUUUUUGACAGGAAUGAAGUGGGUGAUAUAAAUAUACGAUGUUCAAUGCAUAUUUUCAACUAUCUUCUCCAUAACGCUUGUAGUAAAAUAAUAAAGCAAGUUUUGAAAGUUGUCC